UAUACUGCCAGGUUCUUAAGAAAAGCAGAAGUCCUGAAGGCUGACAUGACAGAUUCGAAGCUGGGUCCAGCAGAAGUCUGGACAUCCAGACAGGCUCUGCAGGACUUAUAUCAGAAAAUGCUGGUGACCGAUUUGGAAUAUGCUUUAGAUAAAAAGGUGGAGCAGGACCUUUGGAACCAUGCCUUUAAAAAUCAGAUCACGACGCUGCAGGGUCAGGCGAAAAAUAGAGCAAAUCCAAAUCGGAGUGAAGUUCAGGCGAACCUUUCUCUGUUCUUAGAGGCAGCUAGUGGCUUCUACACACAGUUAUUACAGGAAUUGUGCACAGUUUUUAAUGUAGACUUGCCAUGUCGUGUAAAGUCUUCCCAGCUGGGAAUCAUUAGCAAUAAACAGACGCACACCAGCGCCAUAGUGAAGCCGCAAUCUAGCUCCUGCUCUUACAUCUGCCAGCACUGCCUUGUCCACCUUGGAGAUAUUGCUCGCUAUAGGAAUCAGACCAGCCAGGCAGAGUCUUACUACAGACAUGCAGCUCAGCUUGUCCCUUCUAAUGGUCAGCCUUAUAAUCAGUUGGCUAUCCUAGCUUCCUCCAAAGGAGACCACUUGACCACAAUUUUCUACUACUGCAGAAGCAUUGCUGUGAAGUUUCCUUUCCCAGCUGCUUCCACUAACCUACAAAAAGCACUUUCUAAAGCACUGGAAAGUCGUGAUGAGGUGAAGACUCGAUGGAGCGUGUCUGACUUCAUCAAGGCAUUUAUUAAAUUCCAUGGCCAUGUGUACCUGAGUAAGAGCUUGGACAAGCUGAGUCCUCUUCGAGAAAAGCUGGAAGAACAGUUCAAGAGGUUGUUAUUCCAAAAGGCCUUCAAUUCUCAGCAGUUAGUACAUAUUACUGUCAUCAAUCUGUUUCAACUGCAUCACCUGCGAGAUUUCAGCAAUGAAACAGAGCAGCACAGCUACAGCCAGGAUGAGCAGCUCUGCUGGACACAGCUACUGGCUCUCUUCAUGUCCUUUCUUGGAGUUCUGUGCAAGUGUCCUUUACAAAAUGACUACCAAGAGGACUCUGGGGCUGCGUAUCCUCUUCCAGCUGUGAAGGUUUCCAUGGACUGGCUGAAACUUAGACCCAGCGUUUUCCAGGAGGCAGUGGUUGAUGAAAGACGGUAUAUAUGGCCUUGGCUGAUUUCUCUCCUAAACAGCUUCCAGCCUCAUGAAGAUGAUCUAUCCAGUAAUAAUGCAACCCCCCUUCCAGAAGAAUUUGAGUUGCAAGGAUUCUUGGCUCUGAGGCCCUCAUUCAGGAACUUGGAUUUUUCCAAAGGCCACCAGGCAAUUACAGGAGAUAAGGAAGGGCAACAACGUCGAAUUCGGCAACAGCGUCUGAUCUUCACAGGCAAAUGGAUUGCUGAUAACCAGCCGAGGUUGAUUCAGUGUGAAAAUGAGGUAGGAAAGCUGUUGUUUUUGACGGAAAUCCCGGAAUUAUUACUAGAGGACCCUAGUGAAGCCAAAGAGAGUCUCACCUUGCAGGAAACAUCCAUUGCAGAGCCACUAUCUACAGAUGGGAGCCCUGGACUCAAAUCAGUUCUGUCCUCUGGCAGAAGCCUAAACAACAACUGUGAUGCAGGAGAAAAACCAAUGGUCACGUUCAAAGAGAACAUCAAGCCACGGGAGAUGAACAGAGAGCCAGGGCGAAUCUAUCCCCCUAAAGAUAUAGUAGGAAGGGAAAGACGGGACUUUAGCAAAGGAAUAGUAGCCAAUAAGAAUGAUGGGAAGAAAGAUAACAAUAAAAGAAAGAAUGAGAUCAAGAAAUGCGGCUUGGAUAAGAUGCAGGAAGCAGGAAAGCAGAACGUGGCGGUUCAGGUGAAAUCCCAGAUGGAGAUGAGGAAGACUCCGGUGUCUGAAGCCAGGAAAACACCUGUAACUCAGACUCCAAGUCAGGCCAGCAGUUCCCAGUUCAUCCCGAUUCAUCACCCAGGCGCCUUCCCUCCACUUCCUAGUCGGCCAGGGUUUCCACCUCCAACCUAUGUUGUCCCCCCUCCUGUGGCUUUCUCCAUGAGCACAGGGUACACCUUCCCAGGUGGUGUUUCUGUCCCAGGAACCUUCCUCCAGCCCACAGCUCACUCGCCUGCAGGAAACCAGGUGCAAGGUGGGAAACAGUCCCACAUUCCUUACAGCCAGCAACGGCCCUCCGGACCAGGGCCAAUGACCCAGGGACCUCAGCAAACGCCACCUCCUUCCCAGCAACCCCUCUCAUCUUUACCAGCUCAGGCAACAGCACAGUCCGCAAGCCAGUUACAGGUCCAAGCUCUGGCCCAGCAACAGCAGCAGCAGUCCCCUACAAAAGCUGUGCAGGGCCUGGGGAAGAGCCCGCCACACCACUCUGGAUUCCAGCAGUAUCCACAGACAGACUCAUCAAAGCAGCUCUGGAACCCACCUCAAGUCCAAGGCUCUCUGGGGAAGAUCAUGCCUGUAAAGCAGCCCUAUUACCUGCAGGCCCAGGACCCUCUAAAAUUAUUUGAACAGUCAUUACAGCCUCCCGUGAUGCAACAGCAACCUCUGGAGAAAAAAAUGAAGCCUUUCCCAAUGGAGCCAUAUAACCAGAACCCCUCAGAAGUCAAGGUGCCAGAAUAUUACUGGGACUCUUCCUAUGGCAUGGCUGACAAUAGGGUGAUAGCACAGCAGUCUAACAUGGACCGUAGGGGAAAACGGCAAGGAGUCUUCCGCCCAGAGCAGGAUGCUGUCUCCAGGAUGACCUUUGAGAAGUCUCUGCUGGAAAAACCAUCAGAAUUGAUGUCGCAGUCGUCAUCCUUCCUGUCCCUCAGUGGCUUUUCCCUUAAUCAGGAAAGAUAUCCAAAUAACAGCAUGUUUAAUGAGGUAUAUGGGAAAAAUAUGAAUACCAGCACAAAAACAGAAGUCACCCCUUCAGUUGCCCAUCAGGAGACUUCACUGUAUUCUCUCUUUGAAGGAACUCCGUGGUCUCCAUCCCUUCCAGCCAACUCAGAUCAUUCGACACCAGCCAGCCAGUCUCCUCACUCCUCCAACCCCAGCAGCUUGCCAAGCUCCCCUCCAACCCAUAACCACAAUUCUGUUCCCUUCUCCAACUUCGGACCUAUUGGGACUCCAGACAACAGAGACAGGAGAGUCGCAGACCGCUGGAAAACAGAUAAGCCAGCAAUGGGAGGGUUUGGUCUGGACUACCUCCCAGCAACAUCAUCGUCUUCGGAGAGCAGCUGGCACCAGUCCAGUGCUCCUAGUGGCACCUGGGCAGCCCAAGGCCCUCCCGCAAUGGAGGACUCCUCAGCUGUGCUUAUGGAGAGCUUGAAGUCCAUCUGGUCCAGUUCCAUGAUGCACCCAGGACCCUCAGCCCUGGAGCAGCUGUUAAUGCAGCAGAAGCAGAAGCAGCAGCGUGGACAAGGCACCAUGAACCCGCCGCAUUGAGACCGAGGUGGCAACCCUUGCAAACGAAGGCUCCAUAAACCAUGGCAUGUUGGGUUUGCAGGACUGGCCCACACAGUCCUGUGCAGGUGGCAGCCCUCUCUUCUGUUCCUUGCUGUCAGGAGGGCGUAAGUGCUCCACCAACCCACUGAGUGUGCACAAAACGUCUGCAGUGCAAGAAAACAACAUCAGGAACUCUCCCAUCCCUGGGCCCUUUGGAGGGAGAGAGGAACUG